CUAUUUUUAAAAAAUAUUUUAAAUUUAAAGUAUUUAUUUUUAAAAAAAAUCUUAAUAUUUUGGUAAAUUCUGAUUAUUUUGUUUUUUUUAAAAGAUGUCGAUUAAGAAAUAGAUACUGUCAGAAUUCCCUCGCCGACAUCAUACUGAGUCUGAAAAAAACACGGUCUUCUCUCCUAACCAGCAACUCUCAAAUUUUCAGAUUUACAGCUCCGGCGGCUUCCAUAGCGUCGGAGCUGUGCUGUCUUGUUUAUCGAUCUCCUCUGUGUGGUCCUUUUAAAAUCUGUCUUGUACCUGGUUUUUUUUCUUUUCUUCUUUGUCUUGUUGUAGCCUGUUUGUGUUAAUGGUGUAGCUCUUUAGGUCUUGAGGAGAUCCUUCGGUGGUCCGUAAGAUGUGGUGUGGGUUGAUUUCAUCGUCGCUGCGGCGGCUCCCUUGAUUGUUUUGGCUAGAUCUGUAUUUUUUUCUGGUGUACGGUGCUGGUUGAUGCCGUCUCUGAUGUGGGUUGUUAAUUCUUCCAUCAAAUUUGGUCAAAGCUCUGUUUUGUGAGUCGUUUGUGGUCGACUUUUUGGUCUUUAGUGCUCACCCCUUCUCUGGUUUCUGGUAACCCAAUGAGCUCCUCUUUUCUGGUUUCGAUUUGUGUUUUUCUCACCGCAUGGUAUCAGGUUUAUGUCUCUCCAUGGAUGGGGCUGUAGUCUCUGGGAAGAGGUGGUUCACAUAACACCAUCUUCGCCGGCUUUUGUCUCCGGGAAGAGGUGAUUCCUUUACACCGUCUUCGCCGGCUUAGCACCGCUUUUGUUUGCGGUUUGGUUGUUCUACGAUUUUCAAUGUCCUAUGAGUUACUGUCUCUUGUUGUGGCGUUUCCGGUUGAUUUUCCAUUCCUGUAUUUGGUCGCUGCAUCUUCAAGGAUACUAUUAUCAUUAAAGAUGCUUGCUCUUAUUUGUUGGAAGAUCGAAGCUCUGGAUUCAAGCCUUUUUCAGUAUGGUUUCGCUGAUGGUGAAGUUCCGUUGGAGGAAGCUCAUGUCUCCCGGUCGUGAUGAGUGUUCAAGCGGUGGUGUUGAGUCCUGUGUGGCUUUAAGGCCUGGUUAAAGCUUUUGUAAUUUCUGUUUUGGGUUUUGUUCAGCCUUGUUCGAUGCUUAUGUUAGGCUAAGUUCUUUUUGGAAUUAAGAUCUUUAAUAAAACAACAGAUGAAAAAAAAAAAGAAAUAGAUGAAUUGCUAGGGGUGAAUCCAAAAAUAAAGGGAAGUUUACUUAAAUGAUACAAACUAAUUGUGUUAUUACUAGAAUAACUCAUAUUUUUUGAAAAUUAUUAGAAUAUUUUUAUGCUCGAAAUUGCCCUUGUCUAUAGUUAUAACAAAAAAAAAACAUUACCAAAAUACCCUUAACUUUUGAUCGACGGCAGAUUUAUUUUCAAAAAAAUAAAUCUGUCAAAUAAUAAGUCUGUUUAUAAAAUCUGUAUAAAAAAAUAAUCUACCGUUAAAGUGGUGUCAGACUUUCUUAGAAACGUCAGAUUUAUUUCCACUUAAUUGUCCGAUUUGAAUAGAAAACAGAUUUUUAGGAAUAUGUCUGUCGAGUGAGGUAGCAGAUUUAUUAUAAAUGGUAGAUUUUUGUGGUCAACCUAUUUUAUUAUGUUCGACUUAUUUUCUUAUGGCAGAUUUAUAAAUCCGACUUAAAAUUGUUGGUAAACUUUUUGUUUAUAUGGUGGCAGACUUUUUAAUUUAUGUUAUGGCAGAUUUAUUGACGGAAAUCUAGGUUUAUGUAAACCAAACUUAAUUUAAUAUUCAAUUUCGAUCGGUUUACAUUAAUUUCGAAUCUGGUUUAUUUUUACAUUAAUUAAAAUUAGAAUUAGAUAAUUUUUUGUAGUUGUCAUCAUCUCUGUCAUUUCUCUUUUCUUCCUUAUCAAGUUGUCAUUUUUUAUGGUGGUUUAAUCACUUGUUGCACUCCUUAUGUUUGGAGAAACAUAAACUCAAUGAUGUAUCAAAGAAACAAUGUUAUUUACUGAGUUUGAGCUAAGGUAAGAGUCAAUACUCAAACUUAGUUAUAAGGUUUCAUGCCUCACCAAUAUCUGACUGUAGUGAGUGAAAUUCUUUGGUUAUGCUUCCAUGAAUUCAAGUAGAUAGUUUCAUAUAGACAUAACAUACUAGCGGCUGCUAAUCUUAGAUUGCACAUAAGUUGUAGAAGAAGGCUUUGCUUAUUUAUUCAGGGUAUAUUAUAAAGAACAAUAACAAGGGAACCAUAGAUAUACACUAGAAUGCUAAUGAUUUUAGCUUAUGUUGCAGAGCUUCUUUACAAGGUAUGUACCAAAUGAUAGUACAAGUUAAAAAAUAAUGUACACGUAAAAAAUAUAGGGACCAUAUCUUUUAAUGGCUCCAUAUCCAUUGAAAAGUAUUCCACUUUCAUCAGUCACAUCUUAUAAGGUAUGUGUUUACCAACAACAGUGACUUCUCAGAGCCUGCUACAGUUCUAGUUGAAUCCUCUUUUUCUUUUCCCCAAAUCACAGUGUAUAAUCCAAAGAUCAAAAUCGCUGAUCCAAUGACGGAGUUUCGUUUCUCUCAAACAUGUCUAUUGCCCUCAAGCUUAGGCAAAGGUCUUGAACGAUCUCCAUGUUCGUCACUGCAGCAUAUCCCGCAGCAUUAGACUUAAACAGAAAACAUAAAAGAAUCGACGAUCUAUAUGAAACCUGGUCCAUGGCGCUGGCUUGUUAUCACAUCUAACAAAAAGGUAACAAUAUACCUUAAAAGAACCCUAUAGAAAACAGAAGAACAUGUCAGAUAAAUAAUCAACUCUCUGCACAGACAUAGCUGGUGAAAAAUUAUGGUUAUUAAGCUGUAUACAUACCUGCACUCCAACUUUUAGCCAGCACUUCUCAAUCCUAUAAACACCAUCAUAUCUCAUUCCUGCCUCAGGGGCAUAUGCAGAUCUUUUUUCUUUGAAAGACCUGUAUAUGAAAUAUAAAAAGUGUCACUUCUGGUCAGAGUUUAUCAAGUGAACAUUCAGUUAUCUCGAAAGAUAACUGCACAAGGUUUAAUUCAACUUUUGGACAACAACCUUUUCUUAUUCCCUUCAUAUAGCAUUGGCGCACAAAAAAAGCAUUCCAUAAUCUUACCGUAGGAAAGCUAAAAAACUGAGAAUGUGAGUAAAGUGUUGAGGUGUUGGGAAUUAGGGUUUUCAAAAUUUAACAUUCAAUCAAACAAUACAUUUUAAGAACAUGUGAUAAUAACUUAGAAUUGCAUAGAUUCAGGACUUACACUUUCAUUAUCUUCGAUUUAAUUAAUCUGGAUUUAUCAGAGGUGAUCUCAGAUUUAGGGUUCCUCUUGUACAACAGAGAUGGCGGCGAGCUCGGUGGAGUUGACAAAAUGGAAGGCUGCUGUGACAGAGGAGAAGUCGUCGUAGACGGAAGUGAAAAGGAAGGGUCUGAUUUGCUUUCGUCGCCUUUGGAGAACACGACCCACGACCCUCUCGACGGCAAAAUGAAUUUUUUUUGGGAAAUAAUUAAACAUUUCUUUAUUAAUAAAUAUCAGAUUCUCAGUGGCAAUUUUGUGAAUAAUAAAGGGAAUGGGUGUUUUGGUAUUUUCGUUUGCCUUAUGAGUUAUUCUAGUAAAUACAAAAAUUUAUGAGUUAUUCUAGUCAUUAUAUGUAAAAUUUGAGUUAUUUUGAGUAAUUUCUCAAAAAUAAAUCAUAAAUAUAUAUCUCUGUCUUGUCCUAGCCCUCGUUUCCCUGGUCUAAAGAAAAAUAAAAAAAAUAAUGUCACUGAUCCGCCGCAUGUUUGGUCGGCGCAGCUUCUGCACAGCCGUGGCAAGAAAAGCUGAGGACAUAAUGAAAAACCCAGAUUGCCGUACUUGGGAGCUAAGCUCGAGAGUCAGCUACCUCGUCAAUUCUGUUGGCGACUUAGACACGGCAGCUAGGUACUCUCGUUUGGCUGUCUUCAGCAAACCCGAUGACGAACCGGAGGUAACAGUCCAUACAUGUGAAACCAUCAUCGGAAGCAUGGUGCGUGCUAAAAGACACAAGGACGCUUACGAUCUCUACGAUUACUUCUUCAACAAGCAUACGCUCAAACCAAACAGCAGUUGCUGCAACCACAUCAUCGAGUCUCGUUUCCAACAAGGUCUUGUUGACGAAGCUCUUGAUUUCCACCGAACCGUCAAGGGUGUCGUCCCUGACUACCCGAGUGAAGCUAGUUUAAGGGUAUUGACCAAAGGUUUAGUCCACUCUGGUCGAUUUGACCUAGCUCAAGCCUUGCUUAAGGGCAGCUCUAAAAUGUUUCCUGAUCACGUGGCGUUCAACAAUCUGAUUCAAGGGUUUUUGGAUAUUGGGAAUUUAGACAAGGCCAAUCACUUGUUUGAAGAAUUCAAACGAUCGUUGUCUUCUAGUAUUGCUGAUUACAAGUCUACAUGGGAUUUUUUCUAUCGAGGAUAUCCACGAUACGAAAACAGAGUCGCAUUCCUGAUGGCCACAUUCAUGGAGUACUGGUUUAAGCAAGGUAAAGAGGUUGAAGCUAUGGAGUGUUACAACCAGUCUGUUCUUCCAAACAAGUUACUGCUUUGUCCAGAAACUGGCAACGCCCUUUUGAAAGUUCUGCUCAAAUACGGACAAAAAUCACAUGCUAGGGCAUUGUACAAUGAUAUGUCAGCUCAAUCUGGAACCUUGAACUCUGAUACGGUUCAGAUAAUGGCGAAGGGUCGGUGUAGCAAGGAAAUCAAGACCUACAACAAGGCGAGCGCUGAGUCUCUCCUUGCAGAUUCAAUUGGUUUCAUUCCAGUCACCACUUUCAAAACUAUCAUAGACGUGGCUCUAAAGGACGGAAGAAUAGAUGACGCUCUUAAAACCUCCAACAAAAUGUUCGACAUGGCUCUAAAGGAAGUCUCCGAACAGUUUAACCCACUCUAACGUGGUUUCUUUGACUAGUAAUGAUGAUGUUAUUUCCUCCUCUUGAUUAAUUAUCGUUUUUUAUUUUAAUCUAAAUUGAAUUUUUAAGCAUCAAACAAACAAACUAAUAUUCGUUCAUCAACCUUCAAAUGCUGCCAUACAUUACUAAUAGUUUAACACGAUUUAAGGUUUACGUUCCAAGACUCUUUUUCUCGUUUAAAAUAAACCUAUGAUUACAAAAUCUCGGUUAAAAGUCAAACAGGAUAUGACUACUUCAGAUUUUCAUGCAUUGUUCAUUUAUUCAGAAUGCCAACUUAGGGACCCAGCAGAGAUAUUAUGUGGUUGUGAAUUUUUCUAAAAAGUAACAGAAGAGGUCGUUGGGAGAGAUUGAACCAACUAGGGAUGUUAAUGCAGGGUAAAAUAAUCCAGCCCAACCCAACCCAUUUUAUACCCAAUCUGCAAAAACCCAAAAACAUCAAGGUUGAAAUCCAAACCGAAAAAAUAACCCAAUGGCCAAUCUGGUAUAGGUUUAUCAGUGGGUACCAAAAGUAUUAUCUUAUUUAUUCUGAAAAUCAUGUAUAAUAUUAAUAUCAUUAAUGUGAGCUUUAAUAUAUAAACAAGAUUUUGCAAUUUUAUAGAAACUUGUUCUAGCGCAAAAACUCGUUUAGCGGAAAAACGACUCGUUUUUCCGAAAAAAGAAAUAUUUUGCAAUUUUAACCGGAAAGCUCAUUUUGCGGUUUUAGCAAUAAACCUCGUUUUGACAGAAAAACUCAUUUAUGGUAAUGAGAAAAUUUGUUAAGUUGUUUUUGUGGUUUUAGCGGAAAAUUUUAUUUUUGCUGUUUUUGGUCGGUAAAUUGGUUUUGUGGUUUUGGUGGGAAAUCUCAUUUUUACGAUUUGCCGGAAAAAUAAUCUUUCUGGUUUUGACGGAAAAACUCGUUUUUGCGGUUUUGACGAAAAACUUAUUUUUACGGUUUUGGCAGGAAAAUUUCUUAGUUUUUGGCGGGAAACCCGUUUUUGAUUUUGACGGGAACAAUCUUUUUUUUUGCGAUUUUGGCGGAAAAACUCGAUUUUUAAGGUUUUUGCGAAAAAAUUCGGUUUUGCGGUUUUGGCAGGAAAACUCGGUUUUGUGGUUUUGGCUGGAAAACUCGUCUUUAAUUUUGACAGGAAAACUCGGUUUUGCAGUUUUGGCGAAAAAGCUCGAUCUUUUGGUUUUGACGGGAAAACUCGAUUUUUUCGGUUUCGGCGGGAAAAACCGUUUUUGCGGUUUUAGCGGAAAAAUUGAGUUUUACGGUAUUGGCG